AUGGAUGACGGCAGAAUUGACAAGGAAUUAAAGCAAAAGUUAAACUUUUCCUACUGCGAAGAAGAGGGUGAGCACGAAGGGGAGAAGGAGGCACGAGAGAGCAGAGGGGCCCAGAGCCAAACCCCAGACAAGUCUCAAGUUCAGGCAUCAGAGGCAAAGUACACAACCCCCAGACCUUCCAUUAAUAGCGUCUGUGACAUCGGCACAUUUGAGGAAAAAGACACGAGUCCAGAACAUGGUCUGAGGACUCCUGUGUCACACUCUCACAAAUGUCCCGGGACACCAGCCCCACUAGAUGGCAGGAGCAAGCUGCUGCAUUGCGAGAGCCCCUUCACUCCCAAAGGUCUGCUGAGCCAGUCGGUGAUCUCUUCAGCAGAGAAGUUCCCCUCCCGAGGCUCUAAGUAUUUGAGGCUCACACCUGUUCCCCUUGUGGAUGGGAUGACCUCAUCAGCCCUGGUCAAUAUUAACCCCUUUACUCCAGAGUCCUAUAGGAAACAAUUCCUUCAAUCCAAUGCCAAGAGGAAAACCCGAGGAGAUCUUGAGGAAGCUGGUCCAGGGGAAGGCGAUGUAGACCCAGGGCUGCCUGCCAAGAGAUGUGUUCUACGAGAAACUAACAUGGCUUCCCGCUAUGAAAAAGAAUUUUUGGAGGUAGAAAAAAUUGGAGUUGGUGAAUUUGGUACAGUACACAAGUGUAUUAAGAGGCUGGAUGGAUGUGUUUAUGCAAUAAAACGUUCCAUGAAACCUUUUGCAGGAUCAUCAAGUGAGAGUUUGGCUUUGCGUGAAGUUUAUGCUCAUGCAGUACUUGGGCAUCACCCCCAUGUGGUACGUUACUACUCUGCAUGGGCAGAAGAUGACCACAUGAUCAUUCAGAAUGAAUACUGCGACGGUGGGAGUUUGCAGACUGCCGUAUCUGAAAACAUGAAGUGUGGCAAUCAUUUCCAAGAGCCAAAACUCAAGGACAUCCUUCUUCAAAUUUCCCUUGGAUUGAAGUACAUCCACAACUCUGGCAUGGUGCACUUGGACAUCAAACCUAGCAACAUCUUCAUUUGUCAUAAGACGCAAAGUAAUUCUCCUGUAGCCCCAGAAGAGAUUGAAAAUGAAGCUGAUUGGUUUCUCUCUGCCAAUGUGAUGUAUAAAAUUGGUGACUUAGGUCAUGUGACAUCAAUAAGCAAACCGAAAGUAGAGGAGGGAGAUAGUCGCUUCCUGGCUAAUGAGAUUUUACAAGAGGAUUAUCAGCAUCUUCCCAAAGCAGACAUAUUUGCCUUGGGAUUAACCAUUGCAGUCGCUGCAGGAGCAGAGUCAUUACCCACCAAUGGUGCCAAGUGGCAUCAUAUCCGUGAGGGCAAACUUCCGGUCAUUCCUCAGGAGCUCUCAGAAGAAUUUUGCCGUCUACUCAAGAACAUGAUCCACCGUGACCCAAGGGAGAGACCUUCUGCAGCAGCUCUGGCCAGAAGUCGAGUUCUCCGGCCCUCCCUUAGGAAAGCAGAAGAACUCCAGCAUCAGCUUAACCUGGAAAAGUUCAAGACAGCCGCACUGGAAAGGGAACUGAGAGAAGCUCAGCAGGCCUGUUCCCCCCAAGAAGAGUCCGCUAGCCCUGGGGGCUCUGGGGCUCCCACAGGAUCAAGAAGUACCAAACGCCUGGUGGGAGGAAAAAGUGCAAAGUCUUCCAGCUUCACCCAUGGGAAAUCUUCCCCAUGAGAAUUCACUUCAC